UUUUGGUUGUAUCUUCUAUCCAGUUAAAUCAGGACUCAGACGCAGUGUCAAUUAGGCUAUCUAGCGUGCUGUUGGCUAAACUAAACUUUCCUCUACACAACUGCCUCAGUCUCCACUCUUCUAUUAGUUGAGUUGACUAAGAUACCCGUUAGUCCAUCAGGUUUAGCCUAAUCUCUUGGCUUCAUACCCAUCAGAGGGACACUCAUCUCCUGCUCCUUCGCCAGAGUGAGGAUGUCUCUCCAGGCUCCGCUCCAACCUGCAGUGGUCCUGUCUCUGGUUCUGGUUGUGUUGGCUCUGACAGGGCUGUCCCAUGCCCAGCUCCAGCCCAAGGCUUCCGUCCUGGAUUUCUCAGCCAGCCUGGGUAACCUCCUUCCCAGCCUCAGCCGUCCAGCCAACUCCAGCCGGAUCUUCUACGGGGUAAUGUUUGACGCUGGCAGCACUGGGACACGCAUCCAUGUCUACACCUUCAUACAGAAAGACCCUGAGGAGUUACCAGUGUUGGAUAAUGAGAUGUUCCAUUCCAUCAAGCCUGGUCUGUCGGCAUACGCAGACAUGCCUGAAAUGGGUGGGUACACAGUGAGGCAGCUUCUUAAGGUGGCAAAGAAGACUGUCCCGCAGCUGGAUUGGAAGAGAACCCCACUGGUCCUGAAAGCUACAGCAGGACUCAGGCUGCUGCCCCCAGAGAAAGCCCAGGCUCUGCUGGAACAGGUGCAGGACGUGUUUGAUGAAUCUCCCUUCUUCGUCCCAGACGACAGCGUCAGCAUAAUGGAUGGUACAAAUGAAGGAAUUUUGGCGUGGGUUACUGUGAACUUUUUGACAGGUCACCUGUAUGCUGAGACCAGGAAGUCCGUUGGGAUUCUAGAUCUGGGGGGUGGAUCGACUCAAAUCACUUUUCUACCCAAAUCCAAGAAAACCAUUGUAAGUUCUCCUGCUGACUACAUUGCCAGAUUUGACAUGUUCAACUCUACAUAUGAACUGUAUACUCACAGCUACCUGGGUAAUGGCCUGAUGGCAGCCAGACUGGCAGCCCUAGGAGCACUGGGGGCAGAAGGGUUGGAGUGGAGAGUGUUCAAAAGCGCCUGUCUGCCCAAGAAGUUCAGAGAGGAGUGGAGCUUUGGAGGACUCACCUACACAGUCAGCGGGAUACCUGAUGGUUAUGCAGGAUACAAGCUGUGUUACCAGGAGGUGUUGAAGGUAGUAAAGGGAAUAGUUCACCAGCCCUAUGAGUUGAAAGACACCGGUGUGUUCUAUGCUUUCUCCUACUACUUUGACAGAGCCGUGGACGCAGGCCUUAUUGAUGGGACCCAAGGAGGAAUGCUGGAGGUCAGAGACUUUAAGAAGGGAGCUAAAGAGGUGUGUAACAAGAUGUCUAAGUACCGUCCUGUCAGCCCCUUCUUGUGUAUGGACAUGACCUACAUCACCUGUCUGCUCAAAGAUGGCUUCGGCUUCAAAGAGAACACUGUACUGCAGCUGACUAAGAAGGUGAACAAUAUUGAGACAAGCUGGGCAUUAGGUGCCACGUUCAAACACUUCCAGAACCUAAAGAUCCACUGAGAGACAUAAGCCACAGGGUUGGGUGGGCAGGUGGGAUCACUGGUUUACAUGGUGCUCAACAAGAAAUGGACUGAGGAAUACUUGUUUUAAACUGAUAAGCCUUUGUGUCUUGUGAAAUGUAAUGUUUUAAAGAUAUGCCAUAUUUGCAUUUUACAUUUGAGAUGACAUUACAAUUGUUCCAACUUUUUUGUUACCCAACACACAACUGGUACUAUAGUUCAGUAGGUCUGUUGUUUUCAUGUGACUGGCUGCUAUACUGUAGCCUUGUAUUAUAUACACGUCUCUAUUAAAGCACUGGGGGCUGAAACUCAUAGUUUUGUUACUGUACAAAUCUGGAUAUUUUGAUUUCAAUAAAAAAAUAGAAGCUGG